AUGGGCGUCCUUCGAUUUGCAGCAGCUGCGGUUGCACUGCUUGCGUCGGUUGGAGAGGCGGCUCCAUCAUCGCCGGUCUCUACUGUCAACAAGAGAGCCUUGAAGUUCGACUUUGGUGGCGAGAAGGUCCGCGGUGUCAAUCUGGGCGGAUGGUUUGUCCUGGAGCCCUGGAUAACACCAUCGAUCUUCGAGAAUGCUCCUGCGGCAGCAGUAGAUGAAUAUACCUUUUGCGAAAGCUUGGGCAAAGACGAGGCCAAGAGCCGCCUGGAAGCUCACUGGAGCUCCUUCUACACCGAGAACGACUUCGCCUUGAUCAAGCAGUACGGCCUCAACAUGGUCAGAAUCCCAAUUGGGUACUGGUCGAUCACUCCUUUGGACGAUCCAUAUGUGCAAGGCGCAUACGAACACUUGAAGACGGCGGUCCAAUGGGCGGGCAACCAUGGUCUCAAGGUCAUGAUUGACCUGCACGGUGCUCCCAGAUCUCAGAAUGGCUUCGACAACUCUGGAAGGCGAGGCGCAAUCGGCUGGACGCAAGGCGAGUCUGUCGAGAACACCAAGAAGGCGCUGAACAAGAUUCGGGAUGACUUCGCGAACAACGAUGCAGUUGCGGCCAUUGAGUUGCUGAACGAGCCCAUGGGUCCACAGCUGAACAUGGACACAGUCCGCCAGUUCUACUAUGAUGGCUGGGGCAACCUUCGAACCACCAACGUGGCUAUCGUUUUCCAUGACGCUUUCGAGGGCGUGACUUCCUGGAACGAAUUCGGCGCCGGCAUGGACAAUCUUGUGCUCGACACGCACCACUACGAAGUCUUCGACAGCGGUGCGCUUUCCAUGGGAAUCAACGACCAUAUCAAGACCGCUUGCGAUUUUGGCAACCAGAUGGCCUCGAACAACAAGUGGACUAUCGCUGGCGAGUGGUCUGGUGCCUCGACCGAUUGCGCCAAGUGGCUGAACGGACGUGAUGUCGGCGCAAGAUACGACGGCUCCUUCAACAAGGACGGUCAAGGCUCCUAUUACAUCGGCGACUGUGCGCGCAAGUCCGUCGGCACCGUCGCAGGUCUGAACGAGGCUGAGCGCAACAAUAUCCAGAACUUCAUCAAGGCGCAGAUCGCAGCAUUCGAGAAGGGCGCCGGCUGGAUCUUCUGGACCUGGAAGAAUGAAGCUGCGCCUGAGUGGCAUUUCCAGAACUUGACUGAGGCCGGUUUGGUGCCGCAACCGUUGAGCUCCGCUGCAUCGAGCGGUAUCUGCGGUUAA